AUGCAGACUCUUCCUCCUGCUCUUGGCCCUACUUCAAAUUAUAUGCCUGCACCUCAAGCCUACAUUACUGUUGCUCCUGAUGCAACGCCUGCCUCUCAUAGCGCCGACUCAUUCUCUGUCAGCAAUGACAAACUCUUCAAAGACAUUGGAAGAGCUAAAGUUGGAGAUGCUAGAAAUCCCCAAGUGUCGAGCGUGGCUACAGUUGUAGAGACGUCGAUCCUGGCUCCUAUCGAAGUCAUUCCUAUCCAGACUCUUCCUCCUGCUCUUGGCCCCACUUUAGAUUAUAUGCCUGCACCUCAAGCCUACAUUCCUGUUGCUCCUGAUGCAACGCCUGCCUCUCAUAGCGCCGACUCAUUCUCUGUCAGCAAUGACGAACUCUUCAAAGACUUUGGAAGAGGUAUCGGUGGCGAGGUUAUUGGGCCUCCUGGAGCUUAG